GGCACACGUAGAGGUGAAUUGUUUGUUUGGAAUUUAUUAACUGGUCGUGUUAUGCGUCAAAUUCAAAUCAGUGCAACUCUUGAAGGUGGUAAUCCAACUUUCUUACCUCCACACACUGAAACAAUUCAUUGUGUUAAAUUGUCAACUGAUGGACAUUAUUUAGUCACUGGUUCACAAGAUCAGUUGGCUAGAAUAUGGACAAUGCCUGAUGAACGUCUACUUCACACUCUGGAAGGACAUGCUGAUGAUGUACUUAGUGUGGCAGUGUCAAUUGACUCUGAAGUAGUUGUAACAGGUAGUUGGGAUGGUUCUAUUCGUGUAUGGCGUGUAAGAGACGGUAAUCAAAUGUGUUGGUUCACAUCAAAUAUUGAAAUAUUACAAGUUAAAAUUAGCAAUGAUAAACGUGCUUUAGUUGCUCUUGGCGAAAGAAGUGGACAUCGUAAAUUAAUUAUGUUACAAGUAUUACGAAAUCGGACAAGAACUACAACCAAUCUAAGAACAGCUGGUUCACGUAUCACUUCGUCUUUAUCUCCACCAACACCAGGCUAUUCCCCAUCAUCUCCAGUUGUCAUGGCAUAGUUAAUCUAAUUGUUUAAGAGAAAUCAGUCAACUGAUCAAGCAAAAUGCAGACAAUAAAACAGAUACACAUACAUACCUACCUACAUACAUACAUACAUACAUACUACACAGUAUACACAUAUGGAUAUGUAUUAAAAAUCCUAUAUUACACAUAAAUGUGAUCGUGUAAGUGUUGCAGUCUAUCUUUAUCUGAUUGAUUGAUUCCUGAGUAUUUAGGCGUCUCUUCACACUACACUCGAUCUGAAAAUGUGUGUUUAGGAUUUGAAAAAUACCAUAAAAUACUGCUAUAAUAUGUUUAUUUAUUUAUUUAUUAAUAUUCAGCAAUAACUUCCUUGUACUCUCUGAAUGGAGAUAAUCUGUGUAAUUAUUUAACUGUGGGACAGUGAGAAAAUAUCAUAUAUUUAUAUAUAUAAAAUAUACACCUAAGCACCCACUCACGUAUACGUAUAUGCAUAGAAAAAAGCAGUUGUGCAAAGGUGUGACUGUUACGACAAUAAUAUUCAGUAUUCACUGCCAAUUUACUCAAUUCAUAUAUUCACUCAUUUAUUUAUACAAUUUUAUUAUAAUAGAAACUAAAUUUUCCGACUGUAGUAGGUUGACUGUGCUCCACAUUCUUUAGUUGAAUAUAGUGUUAUACAUCAGCUAAAUUCACACUCGCAAACACACAUACACAUAUACAAACACAGGCGUAAGCAAGCCUGCAAACAAACAAACAAAUAGAUUUGGAGACAGACAGACAUGCGCGUACUAUACACACACAGAAAUAAACAAUUUUUGAAUACUGAACACUGAAUAGAAUAAAAAGAAGUGCAUUUACUAUAGCUAAGUAACAUUUUCUUCAGGUUUUUUAAUUUAUUUACUGACUAUUAUUGUUAUCAUUUAAUUAUUUAUUCACUUCCUGUUGCUACAUCUGACCACAUGUGAUUGUGACUUUGGUAAAUAAUCAUAAGAUGAACGAAGGACUAUGAGAGAGACGGAAAUUCUUUUUAAACGAAUGAAAACUGGUGUGGUUGCUUCAGCUUAUUACAACUGCACACCUUCUAAUCCCUUUUAUUUGCCCUAGAGAUAUUUAUCUUUCUUUCUUGUGUGCAUGUUUCUUUUUCAUUUUCGCGUAAUCUAAAUCUGAAAAUAUGUUUGUAGAUUUAGACAGAUUGAUUCUAUUGUUUUACUCAAUGUAUGUGUAUGUGUGUUUUACGGUUAAAGCCUAUUUUUUAUCUUUUCUGCCUGGUUUUUUUCAACCCUACUUCUUUUCGACUUAUUGUGUGUCUUAGGAUUAUUUAAACUUAUGUACGCUUCAAUUUUGUUUGUUUAAUUGUUGUCUUCUUCAAGCGUUUCGUCUUUUGGAGUGUUAUAUUAAUAUGACACGAAUUAUAGUCAUGUCUGUGAUGUACCCAUCCCUCCAUCCACCAGCAGGAUAUUCACCUUUCCCUCUCCACAGGUGAGCACGUCCAAUUCUUUUCUUCUCUUUCCGCUUUCUGUUUUAAAUCUUAUUUAUUUUUACAAUACACACUCGGGAAAAACUGCAGAACACAACAGACACCCCUCAAUGCCAUCACUAUCACUACUAUUAUUAUACGCAUUAUGAAUAGUAGGAAUACUAGUAGUGAUGGAUAUUAUAGGUAUUCUUCUACUGCUUAGUCUUUAGUUAUAUUUGAACAUGAUAAUUACCUGUUUAUUCAGUAAUCAGUGAAUAACUGUUUAAAUGAGGUGAUGAGGUCAGCAAAUGGAUUAGUAUUAUUCAACUUAUAUACAACCUUAUAAUGCCAACUAGCAAUAUAAUCUGAAUAAUAUAUAUUUCGUUUGGACCAGUUCUAGUUAACAUAAUGUUACGUCACUGUCUUCUUACCUACUCCCCCUCUCCCCCUUUUUUUGUAUUUUUCUCAGCGUUUCCAGUAUGCUUAUUCUUUUUUUUCCAAAAACAAACUGGAUUCUAAAAUUAACCAUCAUCUUCGAUUUUGCCCAUGGUUGGUAUUUUUUAUGUGUCAGAGAAAUUCUACUUAGUAAAGAAAAGUCUUUUCUGUUUCUGCUGUUUGCAUAUUUUUAGGAUUUCAGAUGUUGUUUGAAUACAGUGAAUAAAUAUACAUGGUCAUUAUACAUCUUAAGCUUGAAAAAAAACAACAGACAAGCCAUCUACUAUUAGUAGCAUUUUACAUUUCUGUGCUUGUCUACUUAUUGAUUAUUCCUUUGUUUGCAUGCCCACCUGUCUGCCUAUCCACCGCUUGUCCGUUUGUCUAUCUACCUAUUGACUAAUCACAGCUCGAAUAAGCCUUUUGGCGGCUUUUUAAGAAAAACUUCAAUAAGCUUCUAAAUAAAGCUGGAUAAAAAGGCGUAUAUUAGUACUUAAUUUAAUUCUUUGCUUGUUAUUAUUGCCAUUAUUAUUACUAUUGAUAUAUUUCUUUUUGUUUACAUUAAGUGAGAUAUUGGCUUCUAUUCGUCUACGAUGUGUAAAGGAUGGUUAAAUAAAUAAAUUUAUUUUUUGUUUUUCCGAAUGAAAUCUAUUUAUCAUUUUUCUUCUUUCCGGAAAAAUAAUAACAACAAGAUUAAAAAAACAUCCUACUCUCUUCAUAAGUUUUUACACCAUCGUUUUUUCUGUCGAUUAAUGUUCAUACAACAACACGAUGAAGAACAGAACGCAGUGUGGAUUUCCACCUACACACACUGUGUGUGUUAUUUCAUCGGCUUGUAUUCUUUCUGCUUAACAUAUUAUGCUUAAAAUGAAAAAUGAGAAUUCACCAACACAAACACGAUAAACACACCACCUAACAACAUAUAUACACACACAUGAAAUAGAGAUAUAUACAAGACAAUAAUAAUAACAUUUCUUAUACAGAUAGUGAAUCUAUUCACUAACGGUUUAUAUCAUGUUAUGACCUGAAUAUUAUUGCUAUUAAUAUUAUUAUUAUUGUUGUUGUUAAUUUUAUUGUAAAAGACGGUUUCGCUUACAUUUCGGACGUUGUUUUACUUCUAGUUCAGGAGUAAUCUCCAUCCAUGCACUAGUGAGAACAAAACACAAGUACUGUUCAGCAGCGAAUUCCUUUUCCCCUCUAGCUUUACAAUCUUAUUUAUAUACAGUCUGUUCUUUUCACAAAAGAGGAUAGUAACAAAAGUGGUGAGUUGUGAUAAUCAUUAUCGUUGAUGUUAGUCAAUGCACAAAAGGAGCUGAAUAAGUUGAAUAAGUGCAUUAGGGUUACGUAAUAAAGUGAAUAAAUUAAUGAAUGAGUUGCAAUUAGAAUGCACAUAGAAGCGAGGGAGAAUGCGAAGUUUCGUAAGAGUUCGAGAGAAAUACAAGAGUCAUAAAGAGCUUUAAACAACAAACAAAAAAAAUCGAGUCGGUAGAAAACAACAGGGUGAUUACUAUGAUUAUAGAAGUGGUUGGAUAAUUCUCUUUUGUAUGUAGAGGUCCAGUUUCUCUAUCUGAAUGCCUAAAACUUUAGCAGUGUGCCGACGAAAGGGUAUUACCUUUGGCAGGUUGUCCUUCACGUUGUAAUUUACGCUGAAGGAGAUGUUUGUUGAGAUAGAAUGACCAGUGUCGACAAGGUGUUCAAUUAUCAGACUCCUCAUAGAACCGCCAUUAUCUUUCUGCAAGUAUGCGGAAUAGUGCUCUUGAACCCUUUUAGACAGGGUAUGCGUCGAACGACUAAUAUAUGCCUGACGCCACAAGAACUGAAAUAUGCAUACAUAAGUGGUCAGAUGUGAGAUUUAGUCCAUAAGGCUUCAGCAGACCAGUGGACGACUGGAGAACAUUACUCUUAGCGUUGCCAGGAAGAGUACUUUCCUCAAAGACCAUGAAGUUCUUCUCUUAAGAAUAUCGUAGGUUAAGUCUCCCUUGAAAUACAGGUUCACUUAGUCUUUUUUUGUAACAAGUAAUGUUUCAUUUCUCUGAACCUCCAUUUUGAUGUUCUCAUCAAUGAAUCCCGAUAGGUGUCCAUUUUAGAUAAAGAUUUCUUUCAGAAUAUCUAGUUCUGCUUUUAAGGCGUCAGGACUACAGAGGCAUCGGACACGAGUGGUAAGGUAUGUAAUUAGACUGAAGAAACUUGUUGGUUGACCGUUCGAUUUGUGUUUUCAAUGUAUUGACCUUCUUAUGUUUCUGUCGGGCCUUCUUGUUAGUUUUACAUCAAGAAGGAGAAUUUUGGAUUCCUUUUUCAAUUGAAGAGUGAACUUUAUUGGCGGG